CAUCAUGCGGCUUUGUUUGGCACUGCUUAUAUAAGCAAAAAUGCGGUCAACCAAAGUCUUUCUCACUCACUGUCUUUCUCUAAUAAUUUUCAAGUGUUUGCCUCUCUUCUCUUCUUCUUUGAUGUUGAUGUUGAUGUUGGAGGUGGGUGGUGCUGGUACUGGUACUGGUGUUUUGAACUCUGCUAUCUCCCUUCCUCCUCCUCUAAGUUUCGCAUUUUUGCCUCUUUGCUCUCUUCCUUCCUCCUCCCUUUAAUUUUCGCACUUGUGCCUCCUUGCUCUCUUCCCUCCUCCUCCACCACCUCCUCCUCCCUUUAAUUUUCG